AUGAAACUUUUGGAAAACAUUUAAAUUACAGAUGAUUCAUGUAAAAGCAAAGUAAUGAAACUUCCACUUUAAUAACAAAUCAUUUGGCUUUAAUAAGCAAAUGUUUGUGACAACUUGCAGGUUAAGAGGUUAGAUUAUUUUGCAUUAUUCUUUUUACAGGUUCCCGACCUAUUUUUUGGCUGAUUAAACUUGAAAGCCAAACAGUUCCUACUUGCAUCCGCUUUCACAGACCUGUGAUUGAUUAUCAAACCAAGAAGUGUUAUUUCCAUCUCUGAUUGUGUAUUAUGAGUAUGUUUAGGAGUCCUGGCAAGUUAAAACUCCAGUACUUCAAUAGAAAAAUAAACACUUUUAGAGGAAAAAAAAAGCACAUCUUAAGCAGUAAUUGUGUCUUUUCCUGUCUUGCAAGAAAAACUGUGUCUACUAAUUAUUUUCCUUAUUGAUGAACCUGUUUGUCUGGCCUUGCAUGUCAUGAAAAAACAUUGUAAGCACUGAUUGCCCAGUGAUUGGUUAUUCAGAAGGAGUUUUUGUCUUCAAAAGGUCAGGUAGCCUAAGCAACAAGAACAGCAAACAUAUUUCUGAUGUGCUUGCAGUGGUAUCUACUAGUGCAGAUAGUUGUCCUUUUAUUUGUCCAGGGUUUAACAUAUAUGUCUCUGAGAAUGAUCAAUUGUAAUCACUACUACUGCAAAAAAUGCCACACAGAUGUUCAGUUUAUUUCAGAAAGUGUGGACUAAUAUAAGACCUGUGCGUCUAUAUCCAAUUAUUUGCUUGCUACUCACUGAAUACACAACAGCAAGACUGCUUCACAAUGAUAGACAAAAGAGUUUUGUUUUUAAGGGACUCAAAAUCCGAUGAUCUCCUGCUGAAGCAGGUGGAAAGAGAGUUACAGAAAUCUGAAUUCAAUGAAUUAAAAUUAUGAACAAUAACUUUUUUCCUGCUUGAGACACCUACAUUUAGCAAUGAAGCAAAAAAAUGUUGUAAUGAGCAUUACACUCUUUCUUUCAGUGCCCUUUUCUUUGAUUUUUAGUUUUUCUAUCAUGACAAAACUUUCAGAAGCACUGUUUAAAACAUUAAUAUUGACAAUGAAUAAUUAAAUUCUACAGUAAAUGCACCCCUAUUGAAACAGAAUCUCAGUUUUUAAGAAAAGCUCGUAUAUAAGGGAGCAAUGGGAGAAACAGAGCAGCGAACUUCAAGUCUUAAAGGAGUUGGAGCUCAGGAGUCGACAUCCGAAUGAAAACAAGGACCAUCUGUACUGUGCCUCAUUAAAUUUGCAAGACCCCGUCCUAUUGGUGCGAUCCAACGGGUACCUAGCUAUUUCCCCACAACAGAUUGCAGGUGGCAGAGCAUCGAAGUCUGUAGGACAUUCCUUACUCCGGUUGCCUUCUAAUUAGACUUAAGGGCAAAGUGGAGCCUCGGAGGACCUGAAAGGGGAAUUAAGAAUGAAGGCAAAUGGUGUGAGAUCUUAGAGGGACGGUGGGAGUGAGGGAUGGAAAAAGGGAGAAGAGAGGACAGGGGAGGUGCUGGGAAAAGGUGGAGACUGACGAUGGGAGAAAAGGAGGUCCUCAGUAGUUCAGUUUACGCCUGUUCUCUGAGGCCACUUCAAUUUUGACAAGCUGGAGAGCUGUUUCAUCAUUUCUUCACAAGUCCUUUUGUCACUUUUCUAGUGACAGACUGGGAGAUGAGCAGUUUAGGAACAUGGACAUCCAAUUGUCUCUUUUCUUUUAAGAUGUACAUCAGCAGCAGCCAAACUAAACCUCACCAGCAAGUCCAGCAGCAACGGGACAAGGGCCUGCGCCGUGGUAACGAAAUAAGUUGCUCACGGGACACUGAGGCAACAUCAGGACACGAUCAAAUCGGGAAUUUCUGCACUCUGGAGGUGAUCUCAGCAUAAACACAUUUGUCCAAAGCCAAUGAAUGUUCAGACACUUUGUGAAGAUGCUGCCUGUGGAUGUGACAGACAAGGACAGCAGGAGAAAACAGGGGGUCUUUUAAAGCUAUAUUUUUUAAUCUAUAAUUUAACGAUGGGCUGCUCAUCCUUUUGGCUGUGCAUCUUCACAUGACAGCGAUUUUAUACACCUCAGAUGUUUAGGACUGCUUAAAAGACAAUCCACCAUGUUCAAGCGGUGGCUGCUGGCCCUGGUGGCCCGUGUCGGCCUCAUUGUUCUGGGGCUCUGCUGCUGCCUGUCGAUCUUCUACCUCCUGGCCUGUAAACCUGCAUCUAACAGCAGCCAGCAGCCUGUAAUGUGGUCUGCAGGAGCCACCAGUAAGGAGGGAUACAUGGCCUUGUUGCAGGAGAGGGAGGACUCUCACAGACAUUACAUUAACAGCCUGAUGAAGCAGAUCGCCCAGCUGAAGGACGCUCUCCAGGAGAGGACGCAGCAGCUGCAGGAGUCGCUGGAUAAAGCUAAAACUAAAGGGAUUCUGCCUCAAGGUCUGGAGAGUCUGCACAAAACCCCAGUACAGGCUGACCUGAAGGAGUUCUUCCGCUCCCAGCUGAACCAGGUAGAGGUGAACUCAGGUGUGAAGCUUCCCAGCGAGUAUGCACUGAUUCCUUUUGACACUUUCACCCUGCAGAGGGUCUACCAGCUGGAGACGGGGCUGACAAGGCACCCAGCCGAGAGGCCUGUGAGGAAAGAUAGGCGAGACGAGCUGAUGGGCACAGUGGAGACGGCUCUACAUGUCCUGAACGGACCUCAGCAACAUGCUGACAACAUCAGGAGGAAGCACACAUACUCCCCUUCAGACUUCAUACAGGGUUUGACUCGCACAGAGCGGAACAGAGGAAGCGUUUACGAGCUGAUGUUUAGAGGCAGCAGCCAGCAGGACUUCACGCAGCUCGUCCUCUUCAGGCCGUUCGGUCCGGUGCUGAAGGUGAAGAGUGAGAUGGUGAACACUCGGGGGAUGAUCAUCAACAUCAUCGUGCCUCUCUCCAAGAGGGCAGAUGCAUUCAGGCAGUUCAUGAGCAACUUCAGAGAGGUGUGCAUCCAGCAGGACGGCAGGGUUCAUCUCACCGUCGUCUAUUUUGGUCGAGAUCAGAUCGAUCGGGUGAAAGCUGUGCUGGAUCAGACAACCAGAGAGACUCGGUUCAGGAGCUUCACGCUGAUCCAGCUGAAUGAGGAGUUUUCUCGUGGCCGUGGCUUAGACGUGGGCGCCAGGGCUUGGAGGCGGAGCCAAAACGUCCUCCUCUUCUUCUGUGAUGUCGACAUCCACUUCACCGCCGACUUCUUAACCUCCUGUCGUCUCAAUGCAGAACCUGGUAAGAAAGUGUACUACCCAGUGCUCUUCAGCCAGUACAACCCGUCCAUCAUCUACAGCAAUCAGACUCUCCUGCCCUCCCUGCAACAACAACUGGUGAUCAGGAAGGAGAGUGGAUUCUGGCGAGACUUUGGGUUCGGCAUGACGUGCCAGUACAGGUCUGAUUUCAUCAACAUAGGUGGUUUUGACCGGAGCAUUAAAGGCUGGGGGUUGGAGGAUGUGCACCUGUACAGGAAAUACCUUCACAGUAAGCUGAUGGUGAUUCGCUCUCCGUCUCGAGGCCUUUUCCACUUGUGGCACGAGAAGAGCUGCGCAGACGAGCUUCCUCCAGACAAAUACAAGAUGUGCAUGCAGACCAAGGCCAUGAGCGAAGCCUCGCACGGCCAGCUGGGGGAGCUCUUCUUCAGACGGGAGAUAGAGCUGCACUUAAACUCCCAGAAACUGAGAGAAAACUAAUGAAGAAAAUCACAUAGGCUACUGUGAUAUUGGUAUUCACUGUUACGUUCUGUUUUUUAAUAAUUUAAGGUUAGUAGUUAUAUUGUGGCAUUCAGGUUAUGUUGAAAACAAAGACAAAAAGAUGAUUCUGUUUAAUUAUUUUCCUCCAUGGGCACAAAAACUUGCAGGAACAGUCAUCAGUAACAAAUUGUGUUUGAUCUUUUGUUUUAAUAAAGCUGUGAAAGAGAC